UCAGGUCUUGAUGAUCGCAGAGCUCCUGGACAAAGGCUUCAUCCGCGUAAGCUCAUCGCCCUAUGCAGCACCAAUCCUCUUCGUCAAAAAGAAGGAUGGCAGCAUGCGCAUGUGCAUCGACUACCGUGCGCUCAACAAAAUCCAUCAAGAACCGCUACCCCUUCCUCGCGUUGAGGAGCUUUUCGACCAGUUGGGUGAGGCCAAAAUUUUUCUAAGCUUGAUCUUCGCAGCGGCUAUCACCAGUACGUGUCGUUGACGAAGAGAUUGAGAAAACUGCCUUCGAA